AUGUCAGGCUCCUACGAUGAGUCUGUAGCAUCCGCUGAAGAAAUAACUGACAGCUUCUGGGAGGUAGGGAACUACAAACGGACAGUGAAACGGAUUGAUGAUGGAUAUCGGCUGUGCAAUGACCUGAUGAACUGUGUACAUGAGCGGGCGAAGAUUGAGAAGGCAUAUGCCCAGCAGCUGGUAGAUUGGUCCAAGCGGUGGAGACAGCUGAUAGAGAAAGGCCCACAGUAUGGCAGUUUGGAGAAAGCAUGGAUGGCCAUAAUGACAGAGGCAGACAAGGUGAGCGAGUUGCAUCAGGAGGUGAAGAAUAGCUUGUUGAAUGAGGACUUCGAGAAAGUGAAGAACUGGCAGAAGGAUGCCUUCCACAAACAGAUCAUGGGAGGCUUCAAAGAGGCCAAGGAAGCAGAGGAUGGUUUUCGGAAAGCACAGAAACCUUGGGCCAAGAAGAUGAAGGAGCUUGAGGCAGCUAAGAAAGCAUAUCACCUUGCAUGCAAAGAAGAGAAGCUUGCAUUGACUCGGGAAGCCAACAGCAAAACUGAGCAGUCCAUCACCCCAGACCAGCAAAAGAAGCUGCAAGACAAGGUGGAAAAAUGCAAGCAGGAUGUGCAGAAGACUCAGGAAAAAUAUGAGAAGGUUGUGGAGGAACUGAGCAAGUGUACCCCACAAUACAUGGAGAGUAUGGAGCAGGUCUUUGAGCAAUGCCAGCAGUUUGAAGAGAAGAGACUCAGCUUCCUGAAGGAGGUGCUGUUAGAUAUCAAGCGGCACCUGAACCUGGCAGAGAACAGCAGCUAUUCUAAAGUCUACCGUGAGCUGGAGCAGACCAUCCGCGUGGCUGAUGCUCAGGAGGACCUGCGCUGGUUCCGCAACACGAGUGGCCCAGGGAUGCCUAUGAACUGGCCACAACUAGAGGAGUGGAAUCCAGAUGCAACGCAAACGAUAGCCAGGAGAGAGAAACCUAAAAAGAAUGAAGCAGGCAAUACAUCCAAUGCCAGUGCGGGUGGGGAGGCUACAGCACAGGCUGGGGACCGCGGCAGUGUGAGCAGCUAUGAACGUGGCCAAGCCUACGCUGCAGAGUGGUCAGAUGAUGAAGGCGGCAACACCUACAACUCCAGCGAAGCCAACGGCGGUGCCAACUCCUUUGAGGAAGAUUCAGCUGGGAAAGGCGUGCGCGUACGAGCUCUGUACGAUUACGAUGGGCAGGAACAGGAUGAACUGAGUUUCAAAGCAGGUGAUGAAUUAACCAAAUUAGGUGAAGAAGAUGAACAAGGGUGGUGCAAAGGUCGCCUAGACAAUGGGCAGCUUGGUCUUUAUCCAGCUAACUACGUGGAAUCUAUCUAA